AUGCCGCGACCAGCGCGCGCAAAGAUUCAAUCAAAAACCACAACGACUACACGCGUCGCAAAGCCCAUCGCGCGCAAGCAAGCUGCGCCAGCAGCCGCGAAACCAACUACAAAGCAGACCAGGAAGGCCGCGGCAGCUUUACAAAGCUCCAGCGAUGAUAGCGAUGGUUUGGUCACAAACACAAGGUCCACACGCGCCAAACGGGGUGCGCCGGGGCAAGGAUCAGUCCAUGAGACGGACCUAGAGAUGACUGGCGCGCUGCCUGCCGAAGAUCAAUCACCCAAAACUACGUCUAAGCCUCGUACACCGGCAUCGAAAAGAUCAACUGGCACACGCGCCACAAGAGGCAGCGCACGAUCUUCUGCAGCGAAGCCAUCUUCAGCAGUGGCACAAGCGCCGAGCGGCCCUUCAGACGAAGCCGCAAGUCAUGAUACCCCCGAAGAAGGAGAUACGAGCGGCUUCGGAGACCUCACAUUCUCUUCGCUCAACUCAGAAUCGCCAGCACAUGGAACGCGCCCUCCUUCUGCUGUGAAAGUAGGCGCAACACCAGCGCACGAAACCUCUCUUCUGUUGACCAACUUUAAAAGGCGAGCCAGACAGCCUAGUCUGCUCCGGAUGGUCCAACAGACGACAGAUGUCGAAGAUAACGACGAGUCCGGCAUAAGCAAUACAGACAAUUUUGACUUCGACGACUUCGUUCCUCAGGACGAAUCCACACCGAUCAAUAAGCAAAGAACUACGAACGAGACGGAAGGGGCACAUGAUAGUGGGGCACACCUUUCGAGUUCAGGAUCACGUGGUAGAAAGCGCAAGUUAACGCCAGUCGUGCAAGUGCCGCGUUCGUCGCCGCCGUACGACCCACCAUCUGGCGCAGACGUAGAUUCAGCAAGGUCUCCUUCUCCCAGUCUGCCAGAUGUUCUGCCGUCGCGCGAGGGGGUAGUUGAACAGACACAGGAUGAUCAAGAGAUUCUAAGCCAGACUCUUGCUUCGCCAAAAUCAAGCAGCCCUGUGCGCGAGGUCUCUCAUCCAGCAGCAUCACCUCAGCAAACUCGAGCCCGUCGAAGAGGAAGAGCUCGCAAGCAAAUGACUUACAACGAAGACUCAGACGCAGAGGGGACUGAGACUCCUGUGAAGCAGGCGCGCAAUGCCAAAGUAAAAGCGCAGCAUGUCAUAUCGACAGCACAACUAAAGGGUCUUCUACCUCGCCGACGAAAUCGAAUUCGCGCCCAGGACGAAUACGACUUCACGUCCUCAGAAGACGUGACGCAGUUCGACUCCGACCAAGAUGAGUUACAGAUGCCAACUCGACGAGCCCGUCAACAACCAGCGGGUAAGACAGCCUCACCGAAGACCACCAAGAAGACAGCACGUGGCGGAAAAGGCGCAGCGCCUAACAAAGCCGCGGGCAAAGCAAGCAGAACAUACAGCCGCCGGAUAUCGUCUGACAAAGAGAACGGCGCGGCUGCAGAAGAAGCAGACGAGACGCCAGAGUACUCUGCUCUUGAGGUUUCUGAUAAGCUGGCCGCAAUUCGUAAGAAGUUCGAGGCAAUCGAUGACUUCGAGCUCGAGUUUGCGACUGUUGAUACAGUAACAAGUUCCAGUCCUUUUCGAUGA